ACCACGAUAUCUUGUAUGCUUGAGUCUAUCCUCACAAGUUAAGCUUUAGCGAAACACCCCUCGUAGCCUCUACUUGAAAUUCCACUCUGUCGUACUUCCAAAUGAAGAAAGCUUCAGAGCUAAUCUUCAUCCCAAUCCCAGGUAUGGGCCACAUCGUCUCAACCGUUGAGAUUGCAAAGCUCCUCCUCUGUCGAGAUGACAACCUCUUCAUCACAAUCCUCAUCAUGAAAUUCCCCUUCACCGCAGACGGCAGCGACGUCUACAUCAAGUCCUUGGCAGUCGACCCUUCGUUGAAGACGCAGCGCAUCAGGUUCGUCAACCUCCCACAAGAACAUUUCCAAGGAACUGGAGCCACCGGCUUCUUCACCUUCAUCGACAGCCACAAGUCCCACGUCAAAGAUGCCGUCACUAAACUCAUGGAAACCAAAUCAGAGACGACUCGGAUCGCCGGAUUUGUCAUCGACAUGUUCUGCACGGGGAUGAUCGACGUGGCUAACGAGUUCGGGCUCCCUAGCUACGUGUUCUACACCUCUGGAGCUGCGGAUCUUGGGCUCAUGUUCCACCUCCAAGCCUUACGUGAUGAAGAGAACAAGGACUGCACCGAGUUCAAGGACUCGGACGCCGAGUUGGUCGUCUCGUCUUUCGUCAACCCCUUGCCGGCUGCUAGAGUCUUGCCUUCUGUUGUUUUCGAGAAGGAGGGGGGCAACUUCUUCCUCAACUUUGCCAAAAGGUACAGAGAGACCAAGGGUAUUUUGGUUAACACGUUCCUGGAGCUCGAGCCUCACGCGAUUCAGUCUCUCAGUUCCGACGGUAAGAUCCCACCGGUGUAUCCGGUGGGACCCAUAUUGAACGUCAAGAGCGAGGGUAACCAAGUGAGUUCAGAGAAGUCGAAGCAGAAGUCGGAUAUUUUGGAGUGGCUUGAUGACCAGCCUCCGUCGUCUGUGGUGUUCUUGUGCUUCGGGAGCAUGGGAUGCUUUGGCGAAGACCAAGUGAAAGAGAUCGCACACGCACUCGAGCAAGGUGGGAUUCGGUUCUUGUGGUCUCUACGCCAGCCUUCGAAAGAAAAGAUCGGUUUUCCGAGCGAUUACACGGAUUACAAAGCAGUCUUACCCGAAGGUUUUCUCGACCGGACGACUGAUCUCGGGAAGGUGAUAGGUUGGGCCCCACAGUUGGCCAUCUUGGCACAUCCGGCGGUCGGAGGGUUUGUGUCUCAUUGUGGUUGGAACUCUACGCUGGAAAGUAUUUGGUAUGGUGUGCCGAUUGCCACGUGGCCGUUCUAUGCCGAGCAACAAGUGAAUGCCUUUGAGCUGGUGAAGGAACUGAAAUUGGCUGUUGAGAUCGACAUGGGAUAUAGAAAAGACAGCGGGGUUAUUGUGAGCAGGGAAAACAUAGAGAAAGGGAUAAAGGAGGUGAUGGAGCAAGAGAGUGAACUUAGGAAGAGGGUGAAGGAAAUGAGUCAAAUGAGCAGGAAAGCUUUGGAGGAGGAUGGGUCUUCAUACUCAUCGCUAGGGCGUUUUCUCGAUCAAAUUCAAACCUCGUGAACCUAGCUAGGUUCAAGAUUGGUGUAAACGAAUUUCAUAUGUUAAUGUAUGGUCUUUUUAUGUAUUCGAUUUUUAAAAAGUUGUAGAAUAUCUAGCUCUAGCUACCCAUUGUACUAUUCAUUUAUUUCUUCUUUUUUUCCUUCAAAACAAUAUUUCAUUC